AUUGAAAAUUUUACCUUAAUUUAUUGAUUGUGUUUUUGUAUUAGUAAUUGUUGGGUAACGGCUGUGAAUGAAAAUGAUACCCGGAGAUAUUCAGAUACCUAGUGCGAUUCUAGCUGAAUUAACGGCAACUUGCGAUGCACUUGGUUACAAUGAUGGAAAUAAAGUUUAUUUGGAUAAAAACAGUAUAGAGGUAAUAAAGGAUUUAAUCAGGUACCUUAGAAGAGAUGACGAUACACAUUCCAUUCGUCGUUACCUUGGACAGUCAGAAAUAUUACAAAAAGAUUUACUAAAAAUUUUUGUUGAACAUUCGGAUAAAAUUGAAUUCUGGAAUAUACUUUUAAGAUUAUUAAUAAAUUUAACCAGUCCUGUAUUAAUGAUUUAUAAUGAAGAACUUCCAGCUGAGAAAAUUACCAGAAGUUAUUACCUGCAGAUACUGUCACACUUGCAGCAAUAUAAAAAAGCAAUGGCUAAUGAUGCUGUUUGGAUGGUUGUGCAUGAAAAGUUAAAAAAUGUCCUAAGUAUUGAAAGUUCAGAGCGAGGGGAAGAAAAUAGUACUAUACUAGAGCGUAUACUUAUUUUAAUAAGGAAUAUUUUGAGGGUACCACCUAGCGAUUAUGAUAAAAGAAUGGAUAAUGACACAACUGUUCAUGAUGAGGUUUUAUUCGCACUACACACUUCUGGAAUUUCUGACCUACUUGUUUAUAUUGCCAGUACCAAUGUAGAGCAACAAUAUCACAUGCAGAUAUUAGAAAUCGUAUCAUUUUUAUUACAAGGUCAAAAUCCUGUCAAACUUGCUAAGGCUGAAAUGCAACGAAGUGCCGCUGAAAAAGAAUACGAUGAAGAUAGACUUACGAUUAUGCGAGAGAAGGAAAAAUCUGAGAAAAUAUCGAAAAUGAAAAAAUAUGCUGGAUCUAGGCAUUCCAGAUUUGGAGGUACUUACGUUGUUCAGAACAUGAAGGCCAUUGGAGAUAAUGAAAUGCUCUGCCACAAACCUUAUCAAAAAAUUGAAGAUUUAAAUUUUAGUGUCACUAAGCAAAAGAUGAAAAAGCGGAAGAACAACAGCGGGAUCAUGAGCUUCGGGGACGAGCGCGUGUCCGCCCUCAGCGUACGUCUCUUUCUCAAGGAGUUCUGCGUGGAAUUCCUGAACGGCGCCUACAACCCGGUGAUGAGUUACGCCCGCUCCUGCAUCAUCGGGGGCAACUAUGCGACCGUCGACGCGAGCCACUACCUUUGGGCUCUGCACUUCUUCAUGAGCUUCAAUCGCCAUUACAAGUUCCGCGUGAAAUACGUGAGUGAAACAAUAUCAACCGAAGUGUUCUAUAUUGUACAAAGACAAAUAGAACAUAACUAUGAAAUGAUCAAUAUCGAAAAGAAGAAGGUAACAUUUUGGUCAACGAGACUACACUUAGCCUUGAAGGCUUAUCAGGAAUUGUUGUAUACGUUGAUCGAAAUGGACAAGUCGACUGAUUCUGGCGUGAAGAACUCGAGUCGAGUAAUAAUGGGCAAUAUCUUCUACGUACCGGAAUAUCGGGACACGAUACUAUCUCAGUUACUUAAUUACAAUGAACUGAUAAUGUCAAGAGAUUAUCUGGUGGAUUUGGUCACAACUGUACACAUUUUUUUGAAGAUGUUAAAAAACUAUUGUGAUAAACAACAGCACCUUAUUGUGCAGAAAAUCAAACGUAAACAGCCAAAAAAAAAAGCGAAACCGAGGAGCAGCGGUCCGUCGACGGCAGCUGUUGGACCGCCGCCGAGUUGGGAAGAUCGAUGGGACGUUGUGGGACCGGAAGUGUCGGCCGUUAUGCAGCAGAAUGCGAUACCGGAAGUAAUUCCAUUCGACGCCACAAUAGCCACUCCUAUAGAUGAGCAAAAGAGCGAUGCGAUGAAAAGAAUUCAGAAGUUAUUACGAAACAAUAAUCACGAACACGCAAUCGGACUUUUGCGCUCAGCAAGGGAGGUCUGGCCGGAGAACGACAGUUUUGGGAAAGCCGACAUGGCCGUCGAGGAGGAGUUCCUUGUUCUGCGCGAGAUCUUCCUAGCUGAUCUCGGCGUUCCAGACGAAAUACCGCCGAAUCAAUCUGGAAACAAAACCAACGACGAAAACAUAACUGAAGAAUCAAUCCAAAAUGAUGAGGAAGAAAGUGAAGAAAUAGCGCAACCACGAGUUGAAGAAUCGAAUUUUAAGUUCAUGGAUUUUCUUCAGAGAUUUGCCAAUGUACGUAUUGUGAGUAAUCUAACAAUUCUUUUAAAGCAGUUUGAAAAAAACACACCCGAAGUCAAUCAUUGCGUAUUAAAACUGUUUCAUCGAAUCGCCAUGGAAUGCAAAAUGCCGGCCAUGAUGUAUCAAGCAUCGAUAUUUCGAGUCUUUCAAAGGGUUUUUCAAUACGACAGUCGCAUGUAUAAGGAUUUAACAGUGUUUGCUCACUUUAUAUUUCGCGGCUUCGUCGAAGUGGCGAAAAGAAAUCCAAAGGCCUAUAUGGAACUGCUCUUUUGGAAAUCAACAAAGCAAGCGAUUGAAAUGACGGAAGGCUACGAUACUGAACAUUCAAGCAAUAAAAAGACUCGUAACGUGUGGAGUGACGCCGAAGAAGACGAACUCCGAACUUUGUUUAUGGAGCAUCAAACCAAAAAACUCCCCCAAGAUCUAAUUAGUUACAUAUUAGAAAAUUUAAUAAACCAGGACCGCACGAGGCGUGGAGUAAUGAAAAAAUUAAAGGAAAUGUGCCUGAUUGUCAAUUCGAAGUCUAUAAGAGGUGAAAUACAAAAAAGAUUGCCGAAAGAAUGGUCUGAUGAAGAAAUCAACCAGUUGACAGAAUUAUGGGACCAAGUUAAAGAAGAGCAUGAUCCUGUUGGAUUAAUAUAUGACAGUUUAAGAAUAAAAAGAUCAAAAGCAAAAAUCAAAGAAAAACUUUUAGAACUAAAUUUAGCUGAAAAUGCACAGCAAUUGAGGAAAAAACGAAUGAAAAAAAGUUCGGGACCAAAGUCUUCAUGGGAGAACCCAUCUAACAGCGAGAAUGAAGAUAGUUCGGAUUCAGAAAUAAAUUCUGAAAGUGAUGAUGGCCAAACUAAGCCUGCAGCGGAGAGAAAACAGGAAAAAAAAUUGAAAAACAAAAAGAAUAAACAAGCAUCAAUUUGUUACACGGAUGCUCAGUUAUCAGGAUUAUUGAAAGAUGUCAUUGACAAUGGCAUGCAGGAGACACUAAGAUGGUUGAAGGAAUCUCUCGAGGAGUCGCUCGAAGACCGCGACGAGGAAACCGCCGAAGGCCUGGCGUUGGUACCGUUGACCGCCGAGACCUCGUCGGCCUUGGAGACGGCGAGUCUCCAACGCCUUCUACGGGCGUUGGGCAUCGAGCCACCCAACGCCGAGGAGUUUUAUUGGCGAAUACCCGCCUCUAUGCUCGUUACUACCAUUAAGAAGCGCUGCGAGACCUUGGAAGCCGCACUAAGGGGUGAAUUCCUCGAGGAGGAGACAGUAAGGAAGAAAAAAGAUGAUUCGGAAAGUGACGAUGAGGACAUUUUUGAAAAAUUGAAAAAAUAUUCUGAAAGAAACGAUGACACUGGAGAACCUGUAGUUUCUGAAGAAAUUGCCGCAGGUCAAUCUACGUCAAAUAAUGUUGAUGAAAAUUCUAAAAGUUCCACAUCGGGCCAAACAGAUUCCGAUACCAAUGACAAUAAUUCUUCCCACGAUACCAAUGAGUCCAUUCGAUCUGAAAACCAUGCUAAUGCUUCGAAUUAUAAAGAAGACGAUACAAACUUGUCUGCAAAAUCUCAAAUUGUGGAAAAUAAGCCUAAUACGAAAAGAAUAAGGGCAGUGUUGGAAUCUUCGGAAUCUGAAGACGAAUUCGAGAAUUCGAUAAGAAAUGAAAUUGAAAGUACUGAUAGCAAAAUUGAUCGAUCAAAGUACACGAUUGAGUCAGGUUCAGAGGAUGAGAAUAUGGAAAUUCAAAGUGAGUUUGGAAUGAAAACGGCCAAUCAAUCCAGUGGAAAGGAAGGAAGCGCUAAAUCCAGUCGAAUAAGGAAAGUUGUAGAUUCAGACUCCGACGAUACAGAAACAGUUUCAAAAAAUAUGGUUGAUAGUAAAAGAGAUUAUUCCGAGGGAUCGGACAUCGAGACAUCGAUACCAAAGAAACGUCGAGUGUAUGAUAGCGAUGAAGAUGAUGCAGAAAAUGAUUUAUCAGUGGGAAGAAAACCAUCUAAGGCCAUUAUCGAUGACGAUGAUUGAAGAAAAAAGGCAAACACGAAGCAAUGUGAUUUUUAUACAUAAUUAUAUGACGUUUGUAUAUGGUGUUAUUUGCUGCCAUCUGCGGAUCAUAUUUAGAAGCACACAAUCGGG